GGGACAUUGGCACCAUUGCAGUAGUGCAGUGACUGCAGUGGUGGCAGUGGUGGUAUUCUUGGGCACUUGACGUUGCCAAACAUUGCGUUGCUUUGAGCCUUUGAGACGUCAUAAGAUAACAUAAAUGAUAAGCGGCGAGAAAUAUACUCAAUCCAUACUCUUGGCUACAGAAUUCUUUCGAAAUGUCUAAGAUUACAGGUUAUGAUUCUCAUAGUGAUGGUCCAGGUUUCGUUGGUAUACGAUUUUGUCAAGAGUGCAACAACAUGUUAUACCCCAGAGAGGAUAAGGAAAACAAAGUACUCAUGUACUCGUGUCGAAAUUGUGAUUUUAAACAACUAGCCGACAGCAAUUGCAUCUAUGUGAAUAAAAUUAUGCAUGAAAUUGACGAAUUGACACACAUCGUAGCAGAUGUCAUAUCAGAUCCAACAUUGCCAAGAACAGAAGAUCAUCCUUGUCCCAAAUGCAAUCAUCGAGAAUCAGUAUUUUUUCAAGCACAGACACGAAGAGCUGAGGAGGAAAUGAGAUUAUAUUAUGUCUGUACAAACCCGCUUUGUUGUCACAGAUGGACGGAAUAAGUGCAUAGAACCUAAAAGUAUUUUAUUUUUUUAGCCUACAUAAGCUAAGUUACUCUGAGCAAAUAAAAGUUUGUAGAGUACAGAAAUUGCAGAAUCAUCAUUCCACAGUAGCAGGCCCUAAAAAUACAUGUGUUUGUAAAUUGUACCAUGAAAAAUUCAGUAAACUAGAGACUUGAAAAUACAUCAACCACUAAAUUCUUUUUAUGUAUUCGUUUUGAAAAAACGUCUAUAAAAAAAAUAACACACAUGUCAAUUAAGCAUAAACAUGGUGAUUUUAUCAACUCUCAAUUCAGGUGCUUCGCAAUAGUCGUAUUCGAAAGGAUAAGUAUAAAUAUUUAGGAAUAGAAAACCAUGCCUUGUUUUACUUAAAAAAUUACCUGCAUGUUACUAACAUUUUGAUAAAAUGGUAAAUAAAGUGAAAAAGUACAUUUUUAUUGAA